AUGGCACCACGGCCGGCUCUGCUGCCAGCACCGCCGCUUGCGUCUAGCAGAUACAACCGGCAACUUCUCUUGCCGCAGGUCCGCGUGCGCGGGCAAGAACACCUUUUAAACUCCAAGGUGCUGAUCAUCGGCCUCGGGGGGCUAGGGUCUCCGGCAUCGCUAUACCUUGCGGGCGCGGGCGUCGGAACUCUGGGCCUGAUGGACGGCGACAGCGUCGAACUGGGCAACCUACACCGGCAGAUCGUACACACCGAAGCAGCCGCUCGUAAGGGUCUCUUGAAAGUGCGCUCCGCCGCGGCGCGGUGCAAGGAACUCAAUUCCGAAAUCCGCUACGUGCUACACGAAGAGCGCGCCAGCGCGGACAACAUCCUCGGCAUUAUAGCGCAGUAUGAUCUCGUUCUCGACUGCACGGACAAUCCUGCAACGCGAUAUCUGAUCUCGGACGCGUGUGUGGUGCUGGGGAAAGCCCUCGUCAGUGGCGCCGCGCAGAGGGGCGAGGGCAUGCUUGUGGUACUGGACUCACCUCCUUUUCCUCGUCCAGCGGCAGCCGGUGAGGGGGGCCAUGACAAAGGACCCUGCUACAGAUGUGUGUUCCCGCGCCCGCCGCCGCCAGAAAUGGUGCGUGGAUGCAGCGAGAUCGGAAUCCUGGGACCCGUGGUCGGCGUGAUAGGGACUCUGAUGGCCGGUGAGGCCAUCAAGAUCAUUGUCGCGGGAUGCCAUGUUGCUGUCUCAUCUACACCUACAUCGAGCAAUGACUCACACAUGUCUUCACCUACCUCUUCCCAGCCGGAUCAGAAGCCAUCCCAGAAACAGCCACAUCACACAAUGCUUCUCUACAACACCUACGCUGCCGAUCCGCGGGGUAUGUUUCGAACCGUCACAAUGCGGGGCCGUAAAAAAGACUGCCUGGCGUGCGGCGACGACGAUGCAUUGGCACGGAAGGGGUUGAGCCGGAUCACAGCAGACGUGAUUAGCCAGGGUCGUCUCGACUACCAGGCCUUUUGCGGCGUGUUCGAGGAUGUCAAGGUACUGGGCGAGGAGAGACGGAUCGGAGCCAAAGAGUUUCUGGAGACGCAGACAAAUCCCGAGCACAAUUUACUAGGGGAGGAAUUCGAAAGUUUGCGGGAAAAGGGAAUCGUCAUCGAUGUGCGUGAAGAGCAUGAGUACGAGCUCGGUGCCAAAGUGGCCGGGAGCCUGAAUAUCCCGUUAUCACGCAUCUUGAGGCUUGGUGGCAGUGCUUUCGACGAGUUGGGUCUUCUUCGACGGGACGGGGAUAAAGGCCAGAUCAGCGCCGAAUCGCAUACUCAGACGACGGAUGCGGGGGACGAGGCUGAUGGUUUCGACCGUGGCCCGGAGCAAUCCGGUCCUGCCAAUGAGGAACUGAACGUCACGCUGCAGCCGAACGGGGUUACACAUCAAGAGAGAACCCAGACUCGUCAGAGCCGACCGCCCCCGGUCUAUUUCGUCUGUCCGCGCGGCAACGACAGCCAAAUCGCGGCGCAGAAGUUCCUUGAACGGCUCGAAGCCGACGGCGCUGCGAGCCAGCCAUGGGGAUGGAUCGGUGAUGUCAAGGGCGGAUAUGUCGCCCUGGAGAAGCAUUCGCAGCCGCAAGAUCCGGCGUCGGGCCUAUGA